AUGACGCCACUUUUCUGGGCUCUUGUUUUUAUCGUGUCCACUUGUGAGUCUUUGAGCAUAGGAGCAGCUAAACCAAAUGUGACAAAACGUGAAACUAACACUAAAAACAUUUAUCCGGAUUGGGUGCCAUUCAAAAGCGAUAAGGGUGAGUUAAUAGAAGAGUUAGUUCCUGCAGCUAAAUCGAAGCCGAAGAAAAGACUAGCGCAUCCCAAGAAUUUCGUAUUGAAAGCUGUUGCUGAACCGCAAGACGAUUAUUAUGACAAAGGUCAAGGCGAUAGUGACAACGAGGAUUACUAUGAAAAGAAAGAAUGGGCUGACUUACAUAGAGGUGCUAAACCAGUAGAUCCUAACACACCGAUAAAUCACACAAAUAUAUCAGAUAUAGAGGGAAUUGUAAACAUUAUUACAAAGCCUAAAGAUGAUCCGGUAUUAAGAGCUUUAAAAGCUCGGAGCAAGAAAUCUAAAGAAGAAGUAAAGCCUCAAGAGAAAAUAAAACGACAAAAUGAGGAAGAGUCCUCAGACGAAAACACAUCUAAAGAAGAAAAGGAUGAACAAUCUAAGGAAAGCAAUGAAGACAAUAAAAGUAAAAAAGAACCGAAUAAAAGUGAGGUUGAAACUGAUUAUGAAGAAGAAAGUGCUGAGAAAAAAAAAACAGAGAAGGACAUUGCAAAAGAGAAAGAGCAAAAACAAAGUGAAGCCAAGAAAAAGAAACUUCUUGAAAGUGUAGACGCAUUGAAAGAACGCCAUGCGGUCGAACAACGAACUAUAUCUGAAAAGUUGAAAGAAGAUGAAAUAUACAAAGAAGAACUAGAAAGAGAUAGAAUCAAACCACGAGAAAAUAAUGAUAAAUAUGCACAGGACGGUACAAGGUGGAAGAAGUUACCGCAUGAAUAUGAAGAAUACGAAGACCAGAAUCCCGUUGUUAAGGACAAAUAUAAAUUGAAUCCAUUAAAACCUGGUAGCAUUACUACAACUACAACAACAAACUCGCCUAAGACCCCAGAGAAACGUAAACCUAAGAAAAACAAUAAAACUGUAGCAAGCGGCAAACUUUCAGUGUUCAAAAACCCUCAAUUAUAUAUUUUAAAUGACGAUGAAGAUACGUCAACUGCAUCUACAACAACUGAAAUUCCUGCAGCCACUAGAACUCGUAAGCCCCAAAAGUUUUCUUCGCGAUAUUCCGAAUUAUCCACACCAGAAGAAGAUAAUGUAAGAAUAUCUUUGGUGCCGGAAAAUAGUGGUUCAAGUGAAGACGAACCCACGCUUUUCUUCCCAAAAGUAAAGAAGAACAAGCGUAAGUUCAAAAACAAGCAAACAACUCCUGUGCCAGAUUCCACGGCGUUCUCUAGCGUGGAGAAGGAAAAGUCCUCUGAAGUGACUGGCCCGGACUCGACAGCUGAAAAUAUUACAGUGGUAGCUAUUCCAGCGGAAAUUACUGCCCCGUCAGCAUCGGAUGCUCACUCAUCUGCAUCAAACACAGCGGUGACAGCAUCUCAGUCAGCACCAACAGCAAUUGCUGCCCCUCUAGCUGUGGAUUCCAUACAAGCGGAAACUCACAAGAAAGAACAGAAAAAGAAUGAAGAUUUUGAUAUAGAGACAGGAAAUGGCAAACACCACAAAUCCGAGCACGACGAAAUUCACGACGAGCACGGCAAAAAGGCAUACGAGGGCAUCCACAAAGAUACAAAGUCCAACAAGGGUCACCACGACAAGGAAAAUCACUUAGAUAAGUACAACGACCACGGUGGGAUAGACAAGAGCCACCACGAUGAAGAUAACCACUACGGCUCCCACCACCAUGAGGAGCAUGGGAAGAAACACGCGAAGUACGAAGAAUCCGGAAAACAUUCAAAAGGACACAGCACAAAGGGCAGUCACGACAUCCACAAGAAAGAAGAAUACGAGAAGAAGGUGGAAUUCUUUGAAGAAGAAGGAGAUUCCGACGAGGAAGAAUUCGACGGAGGUCAUGGCAGUAAGAAGGAACAUUCCUCGGGAGGCCACUUCAAGAAAGGUCAGCACCACUCCAGUCACGGUGGGCACUCCAAAGGAGAAAAGGGAGACUUCGCUAAGGGCGGGCAUGGUCAUCACGCCAAGGGUCACAAGUCCGCCGACGGGCACGACUCUCACGGCGAGCACGGUGACAAUCACCACGAGAAUGCAGGCAAGAAGGGAGGUCGCAAGUGGGUGUACCACCACGGCACGCCCGCCAAGACCCACAACCUGGUGCCCAUCGACCGGCGGACGGCCGGCUACAUGCAUGGGCCCAUGUACUACGGCUAGUUUUAUGAGUUGAAAUUGGACACUUUAAAAAAAUUGCAAGUUUUAAUACCCACUAAAGCGAAGGCCAAAAUGUUGCGUCAACCUGCAUCCUAAAGGGCGUUCAAGUUUGCGACCAAUCAGAACUCUUCCUCAAAAGGCGCGUCUAGUGAUUGAUCGGACGCCGCGUGGCUAGCAUGAGCAGAUUUUUUUUUCUCUCGAGAAAGGACGAAAUUUUAUCUUUUGUCACAGUAUUCAAAUUCAAAUUCUAUAUUGUGAAUUCGGGUGGUUGAAAUACAGAUACAGAAUAUAGAUGAUUGGAUGGAUAAAUAAUAAGAACAAGGCAAAUUCCCUCUUCAGCAUGCAAUAUUUUACAAAAAACUCUCCGAGCAUUGGCGCACGUAUUAAAAUGUCCAAAUAAUAAUGAUAUCAUUUUUAUCUCCUGCCUACGCUAGCCUAUAAAACGCGGAGCAGGAGGCAGGUUUGACGCCAGAGUUUUGACUUGCCCUAAAAAAUAUAGAUAAUUUUAUUUACUGACAUAUGUGUACUGCCACGUUCCUAAGUCGUCUCCAUAUUCAACAUGUGAUUUAAAACGUCGCGGAAAUACGUACAAGAAUUGGAGAUGAGAAGUAAC